UUUUCAUGUUCAACCUGCAAAUACUUGCCAAGGAGAAAAAAGAUUAUUAAAUUUGUUUGUUUUUCACUUUUUCUUGAUUAUAUAUAUAUAUAACUAUUGUAACUUGUAAAUUAUACUCCAAAUCUUUAACUCUUCCUCUUUUAUAAAAUACAUUCUGUGGGCCUGUGCCCUGCUGCAGUAGUAUUCCACCUCUGCACUUUCAUGGCUACCUUACUCAUUCUUUGAGAAAAACUCAGAUCCUGAACUUACUAGUUGUAUUCAAAGAUGGGUUCUCAGAUUUGGCUAAGAGGGUUGUGUUUUUGGGUGUGCAUCUUUACCUGCAGCUUCGUUUCUGUGAGUUCGCAAACCGUAGCUGGAGAUGGUAGUGUAGAAGGGACUGUUUUUAUAGAUGGGAAAACUUCCAUUGGAAAGAUUGAUGAAGAUUUCAUUUGUGCUACUUUGGAUUGGUGGCCUCCUGAGAAAUGUGACUAUGGGACUUGCAGCUGGGACCAUGCUUCUCUCAUUAAUCUGGAUCUUAGCAACAAUAUUUUGUUAAAUGCCAUAAAAGCUUUUUCACCAUUGAAGAUCAGAUUGGGAGGUUCUUUGCAAGACAAGGUCAUAUAUGACACCGAUGAUAAUAAGGAACCCUGCAAGCAAUUUGUUAAAAAUACCACUGAGAUGUUUGGUUUCACCCAGGGAUGCUUGCCUAUGCAUAGAUGGGACGAAUUAAAUGCCUUUUUCAAGAAAUCAGGGGCUAAAAUUAUAUUUGGAUUAAAUGCUCUCCCUGGGCGGUCCAUACAUUCUGAUGGUUCUGCAACAGGAGCUUGGAACUAUACCAAUGCUAAAUCUUUUAUAAGUUAUACUGUCAAAAAGAACUAUUCUAUUCAUGGUUGGGAGCUUGGAAAUGAAUUGAGUGGGAAAGGAGUUGGAGCAAGAAUAGCAGCAAACCAAUAUGCUGCUGACACGAUUUCCCUGUAUAAGAUAGUGCAACAUAUUUACAAUGAAACUGAAACUAAGCCUCUAAUUAUAGCACCUGGAGGAUUGUUUGAUGCAAAUUGGUUCAAAGAAUUCAUAGAUAAAACAGGAAAUUCAGUAGAUGUGAUCACCCAUCAUAUAUACAAUCUCGGUCCAGGAUCUGAUGAACAUCUUGUUGAAAAGAUUCUUAAUCCGUCUUAUCUUGAUGGUGAGGCUAAUACUUUCAGAGGCCUCCAAAAUAUCCUCAAGAGUUCUGCAACAUCAGCAACCGCCUGGGUUGGUGAGGCAGGAGGGGCUUACAACAGUGGCAGGAACCAUGUAUCCAAUGCUUUUGUUUAUAGUUUUUGGUACCUGGAUCAGCUUGGUAUGGCAUCAGCUUAUGAUACAAAAACAUACUGCAGGCAGUCUUUGAUCGGCGGAAAUUAUGGUCUACUCAAUACAACUACUUUUGUGCCAAAUCCAGACUACUACAGUGCUAUUCUUUGGAACCGAUUGAUGGGUAGUAAUGUUAUAUCGACGUACUUUACUGGGACAAAAAAGAUACGUGCUUAUGCUCUGUGUGCAAAAGAAUCAAAGGGAAUCACAUUACUGCUAAUCAACCUAGACAACAGCACAACUGGAAGCAAGGUCGCAUUAUUUAACAGGACAUUGCAUCAUCAAAAAAAGCAUAAUAGAUGGAAAUUUCUCAAGAGAGGAAUACAAGGUUCUGAAAGUAACACAAGAGAGGACUACCAUCUAACAGCAAAAGAUGGAAAUUUACAAAUCCAAACUAUGCUACUUAAUGGGAACAUUUUAACUGUAAAUUCAGCUGGGGACAUACCUGUUCUAAAUGUAAAUUUAGCAAAGCCAAUAAUGGUUGCACCUUUCUCUGUUGUAUUUGCACACUUUCCAUAUGUUGUCCCUGCUUGCAGCUAAGUAGUACUAGGUGGAACCGCAACUGGUUCCUUAUAAUGAUUGAUCAAAUAGGAGAUAGAAUACAUGCAAAUGUCACAUUAUUUUUUCUUGAUGAAGAAUAUUGUACAAGUCAUUAUAUGAACUAGUCAUACAUAUAUUUACAAAUAUAAUUCACUCCUUUGUAGUA